AUGGAAUAUCCUCAGUCCAAACUCAACAAGAUCAGGGUAUACAAACAUAGGGGCCAUUACGACUAUCAAACCAUCCACUCGAUAACGGACUCGACGCUGGUAUCGCAAGUCUCAUUUAUCACCCGAGACGAAGAUGGCGACGCGAUACCUUUGACCAUGCCACUGACUGCAGUGCUCGGAUCGUACGGUGACGGAAGCAACAUUCCCUCAGAGACAGAAGUCAGCGACGCUGAGCUUGAACGGAUCCGACAGGAACAGAUGAAGCGAGGGCCGAUGGAUUUGUAUCUGCACGGUAACGCUGCGGCGUUAUUGUACAAGGCCAUCAGGGAGAGUGAGUCAGGACAGGUGAGGGUGUGCAUUUCAUCGACUAAAGUCGACGGCUUUGCGCUGUUUCCCACUCCCAACGGGCACAGUUUGAACUAUCGAUCGGCAACGAUUCACGGCACGGCCUCUCUUGUGCCGGACACAGAUAGACGCAAAAAGCGCUACGCCAUGCGUCUGCUCACGAACCAUAUGUACCGCGGACGCUGGGAGACCACAUACCCGGUCCUACAUUCGGCAGUGGACAAGGUGAAGGUGAUUGAAGUCAAGAUCCUCAGCGCCAGCGCCAAGGUCCGAACGGGCAAUAUCGGUCCAUUCGAUCCGACGACGGUGACAGAGGAAGAAGUUCAGAAAAGGGAAGAGCAAGGGGAAGGGGUGUGGUCGGGCGUCGUGCCGGUAUAUGAAGUGUUAGGAGGGUCGGUGGCUAGCAGUGUCCAAGGACCAGGAGGGGAUCAAAGAGGGUUGACGGCGGUGGAAGAGUGGAGGGACGAAAGGAAUAGGAGAGAAAAGGAGUAUGCUGAGACUGUUGCACAGUGA